GAGGAGAUGAAGAAGAAGCAAGACGAGGAAUUCAGAUCACGUGAUUACUCUACCGACCAGGAAGUGCGGUGUUGGAUCCACUGCUUUAUCAAAACAAACCAAAACGAGACUGUUGGGGAGCCGACUUUCCACCCCCCCUGUGAUUACCUGAAUCAUAUUAGUCUCGCCAUGGAGGACACACUCUUCCAGCUAAAGUUCACCUCCAAGCAGCUCGAGAGACUGUCCAAGAAGGCAGAGAAGGAGUCUGAAAAGGAGCAGGCCAAGGUCAAGAAGGCUUUACAGCAGAAAAACGUGGAAUGCGCCAGAGUGUACGCAGAGAACGCCAUCCGGAAGAAAAAUGAAGGCCUCAAUUGGCUGCGCAUGUCGUCUCGAGUCGACGCGGUGGCCUCCAAAGUCCAGACCGCCGUCACCAUGAAGGCGGUGACCAAAAACAUGGGCCAGGUGACCAAAGCUCUGGACAAAGCUCUGGGCUCCAUGGAUCUCCAGAAGGUCUCUGCUGUCAUGGACAAGUUUGAAAGCCAAGUCCAGAACCUCGACGUCCACACCUCAGUGAUGGAGGAUUCCAUGAGCUCGGCGAUGACGCUGACCACGCCCCAGGAACAGGUGGACGACUUGAUCCACCAGAUAGCAGAGGAGAGCGGCCUGGAGGUGAUGGACCAGCUCAGCCAGCUGCCCGCCGGAGCCACCUCAGUGGGAGCGGAGAGCUCCCGGAGCCAGGACAGGGAGGACCAGCUGUCUCGACGGUUGGCCGCUCUGCGGAACUGAGGGCUUCUCCAGGAACGAGGCGACAGCGAGGCUCACAGCCACGUGGAAGCAGACGAGUUCAAAGACGGCGACGGGAGCUGAGUGUGU